UUUUUUUCCACUCUUGCAAUAAUACCGAGUACACGAACAACACGAACGGGCGUAGAAUUUUUCGGUGUACGAAAGAAAAAAAUUCAGAAAUUUUACUGAGUAUGUGAAAUUAAAUAAAAAGACCAACAAACAAACCGUUCCAAAAUAAUUCCGCCGAAAACUUGGAUUUUUAUGAAAUAUAUAGAUAUUUAAGUGCAUAUAGAUCGAAUUGGAAUAAGAAUCGACCAAAAAAAAAACGAGCAAAAGAAAUUUGUCAACAGAAAAAUCAGUGGUUACAAUUGGAUUUUGUUGUGUGAAAAAAAUAAUAAGAAGAAGUACUCUAAUUGUGAUUUUUUUGUGUAUAGUGUGCGUGUGUGGCAACAUAACACAACCACGAUUGCAGCAGCAUAAACUGCCUAUGAACUAAUACACACAUUUUUAAGUACGAAAAUAAGCAAAAAAAAAAUAACACACUGAAAAUCACACCGACAAAAUGACGACCGAUAUAUCUGUGGUGCGUUGGGAUCCCAGCCAGGGACCCGGCAGCGAAUAUAUUGAUGAAUACGAAUACGAUGGCGGCAAUUCAAGCUCACGUCUUUUCGAACGAUCACGUAUUAAGGCGUUGGCAGAGGAACGUGAAACAGUACAAAAGAAAACCUUCACAAAAUGGGUGAAUUCGCAUUUGGUGCGUGUAAAUUCACGCAUUGGUGAUUUGUACGUGGAUAUGCGCGACGGUAAACAUUUGAUAAAAUUGUUGGAAGUAUUGUCAGGCGAACGUCUUCCAAAACCGACAAAAGGCAAAAUGCGUAUACAUUGUUUGGAAAAUGUAGAUAAAGCAUUGCAAUUUUUGCGUGAACAACGUGUUCAUUUAGAAAAUAUUGGUUCGCAUGAUAUUGUCGACGGUAAUCCAAGUUUGAAUUUGGGUCUGAUUUGGACCAUUAUCCUGCGAUUCCAAAUUCAAGACAUCACAAUCGAAGAGGUCGAUAACAAGGAGACAAAAUCAGCCAAAGACGCGCUACUAUUGUGGUGUCAAAUGAAAACUGCCGGCUAUCAAAAUGUGAAUGUGCGCAAUUUCACAACAUCAUGGCGCGAUGGUUUAGCAUUCAAUGCAAUUAUACACAAGCAUCGUCCCGAUUUAAUUCAAUUUGAAAAAUUAACGAAAAAUAAUGCAAUACAUAAUUUGAAUAAUGCAUUUGACGUGGCCGAAGAUAAAUUGGGUCUCACCAAAUUGCUUGACGCCGAAGAUGUGUGUGUCGAACAUCCUGACGAGAAAUCAAUUAUUACCUAUGUUGUCACCUACUAUCAUUACUUCAGUAAAAUGAAGCAAGAAACCGUACAGGGCAAACGUAUUGGAAAAGUCGUUGGCAUUGCAAUGGAAAAUGAUAAAAUGAUCAACGAUUAUGAAGGCUUCACCAGUGAUCUAUUGAAUUGGAUUGAAACAACGAUCAUUUCGUUGGGCGAUCGUGAGUUUUCCAAUUCAUUGAGCGGUGUACAACAGCAACUGUCACAAUUUGCAAACUAUCGUACCGUUGAAAAACCACCGAAAUUCGUUGAAAAAGGUAAUUUGGAAGUGCUUUUGUUCACAUUACAAUCAAAGAUGAGAGCCAACAAUCAGAAACCGUACACACCAAAAGAGGGACGAAUGAUUUCUGACAUCAACAAAGCGUGGGAACGUUUGGAAAAAGCCGAACAUGAACGUGAAUUGGCAUUGCGCGAAGAAUUAAUUCGUCAAGAGAAACUCGAACAACUUGCGGCCCGUUUCAAUCGUAAAGCAUCGAUGCGAGAGACCUGGCUAUCGGAAAAUCAACGACUUGUUAGCCAAGAUAAUUUCGGCUUUGAUUUGGCCGCCGUUGAAGCAGCCGCCAAGAAACACGAAGCAAUUGAAACUGAUAUCUUUGCAUAUGAAGAACGUGUUCAAGCCGUCGUUGCUGUGUCCGACGAAUUAGAAUCGGAACGUUAUCAUGAUAUGGAUCGUAUUAAAGCGCGCAAAGACAAUGUACUCCGUUUGUGGAAUUAUUUGUUGGAAUUGCUUCGUGCACGACGAUUGCGUUUGGAAAUGUCGCUUCAAUUGCAACAAAAUUUCCAAGAGAUGCUCUACAUUUUGGACAAUAUGGAAGAGAUCAAACAACGUUUAUUGACCGACGAUUAUGGCAAACAUUUGAUGGGCGUCGAAGAUUUAUUGCAGAAACAUGCAUUGGUUGAGGCUGAUAUUAAUGUAUUGGGCGAACGUGUGAAGAGCGUCGUUCAAAAUUCACAGCGAUUCUUGGGCGAUGAUGCUGAAGGAUAUAAACCAUGUGACUUGGCUAUCAUUGUUGAUCGCGUUCAACAAUUGGAAGAUGCAUACGCUGAACUGGUUCGAUUGGCCGUUGAACGUCGUUCACGCCUUGAAGAGAGCCGGAAAUUGUGGCAAUUCUAUUGGGAUACAGCCGAUGAAGAGAAUUGGAUCAAAGAAAAGGAGCAAAUCGUUUCGACCGAAGACAUUGGCCAUGAUUUGACCACCAUUAAUUUGCUAUUGUCAAAACAUAAAAUACUCGAAUCGGAAAUUCAAUCACACGAUGCACAAUUGCAAUCAGUUGCUCGCGUUGGGGAUGAACUCAUUAGUGAAGGUCACUUUGGUGCCGAACGUAUCAAGGAGCGGCUCAAAGAAAUUUUGGCAAUGUGGAAUCAUUUGCUGGAUUUAACGAAAUACCGUCGUCAACGUUUGGAAAAUGCCGUCGGUUACUUCCAAUUGUUUGCCGAUGCCGAUGACAUUGAUCAAUGGAUGUUGGACGAAUUACGUUUGGUGUCAUCAGAAGAUGUUGGUAAAGAUGAAUCACAUGCCCAUUCAUUGUUGAAAAAACACAAGGAUGUUGCCGAAGAACUUAAAAACUAUGCUGAAACCAUCGACCAAUUGCAUAAACAAGCCGAAGGUCUUACACUUACCGAUGAAGAACAACGACAUGUAUCCGAACGUCUUACAUCGAUCGAUGAACGUUACAAACAACUUAUGGAAUUAUCGAAAUUGCGUAAACUUCGUUUGUUGGAUGCAUUGAGCUUGUAUAAAUUGAUGUCAGAGGCUGACGGUGUUGAACAAUGGAUUAGCGAAAAAGAGAAAAUGUUGGACACAAUGACACCUGGCAAAGAUAUUGAAGAUGUUGAAAUAUUGAAACAUCGUUACGAUGGCUUUGACAAGGAAAUGAAUGCGAAUGCAUCUCGUGUUGCUGUUGUUAAUCAGUUGGCACAUCAAUUAUUGAAUCAAUUCAGCAGCGUUGAUCAUCCAAAUUCCGAACAAAUUACCGAACGACAAAAGCAUUUGAACGAAGAAUGGUCACGUUUGCGCGACAAAGCCGAUGCUAAGCGCGACGAACUUAAUUCAGCCCAUGGUGUACAAACGUUCUAUAUUGAGUGCCGUGAAACAAUUUCAUGGAUUGAAGAUAAGAAACGUAUUCUCACAGAAACCGAUAAUCUUCAAAUGGAUUUGACUGGUGUGAUGACAUUGCAACGUCGUCUCAGCGGUAUGGAACGUGAUUUGGCUGCCAUUCAAGCCAAACUCAAUGCAUUGGAAAAGGAAGCCGAUGCAAUUGAAGGCGAACAUCCAGAAGAAGCGGCUAUUAUUCGUGAGCGUAUUGCACAAAUUACAUUGAUUUGGGAACAAUUGACACAUAUGUUGAAGGAACGUGAUUCGAAACUUGAAGAAGCCGGCGAUUUGCAUCGUUUCUUACGCGAUUUGGAUCAUUUCCAAGCGUGGUUGACCAAAACACAAACCGAUGUUGCAUCCGAAGAUCCACCAGAUUCAUUGCCUGAAGCCGAAAAAUUACUCAAUCAACACCAGAGCAUACGCGAAGAAAUCGAUAACUACACCGAUGACUAUAAGAAUAUGAUGGAAUAUGGUGAACGUUUGACAUCGGAUCCAACACAAAAUGAAGAUCCACAAUACAUGUUCUUGCGUGAACGUUUGAAGGCAUUGAAAGAUGGAUGGGAGGAAUUGCAACAAAUGUGGGAGAAUCGUCAAGUCUUGCUGUCACAAAGUUUGGACGCUCAAUUAUUCAAUCGUGAUGCUCGUCAAGCUGAAGUUUUAUUGAGUCAACAAGAGCACUUCCUCAGCAAAGACGAUACUCCGGUCAAUUUGGAACAAGCCGAAAAUCAAUUGAAACGUCACGAAGCAUUUAUGACCACAAUGGAUGCAAACGACGAUAAAAUAAAUCAAAUCGUUCAAGUUGCUGACACCUUGGUUGAAAAGGAACAUUAUGAUGCCGACAAGAUAAAUAAACGCGCUCUAAAUGUGAACGAACGUCGUGAUUCGAAUCGUGGACAUGCACUUGAUCAACAUGAAAAACUCAAGAAUCAAGUUAAACUGCAUGAAUUCCUGCAAGAUUUGGAAGAGCUCACCGAAUGGGUACAAGAGAAAUACAUCAUUUCCGAAGAUGAAACAUACCGCAGCGCAAAAACAAUUCACUCGAAAUGGACACGUCAUCAAGCAUUCGAAGCCGAAAUUGCGGCGAAUAAACAACGUUUGCAUGAUGCUGAACAAGCAGCUAAAGAGCUCAUGACUGAGAAGCCCGAAUUCAAAGAGAUCAUUGAGCCAAAAUUGAAGGAUUUAUCAAAAUCGUUUGAAGAUUUGGAGAAAAAUACAAAAGACAAAGGCGCUCUAUUGUUCGAUGCCAAUCGUGAAGUGUUGGUUCAUCAAACAUGUGACGACAUUGAUUCGUAUAUCACCGAUUUGGAGAAACAAAUUAUCAGCGCUGACACCGGCAAUGAUUUGACAUCUGUCAAUAUUUUAAUGCAAAAACAACAAACGAUUCAACAUCAAAUGGAAAUUAAGACGCGUCAAGUCCAAGAGAUGGAAAAACAAACUGAAUUCUUGAAGAAAACCAUACCACCCGAACAACAUGAGCCAAUCAUUCAAAAGAAGACAGCCGUUACCACACGUUUCGAGCAAAUCAAAGCACCAUUAUUGGAGCGUCAAAAGCAAUUGGAAAAGAAGAAAGAAGCCUAUCAAUUUGUGCGCGAUGUUGAAGAUGAAAAGCUAUGGAUCAACGAAAAAUUGCCGGUCGUCGAAUCGGACGAAUUUGGUAAUUCAUUGUUCAAUGUAAAUGUAUUGAAGAAAAAGAAUCAUACAUUGGCCACCGAAAUCGAUAAUCACGAACCACUCAUCAAUACAAUUUGCAAUAAUGGCCAAAAAUUGAUCGACGAAGGUCAUGAAGAUUCACCGAAAUUCGCUGAACUUAUCAAAGAGCUCACCCAAAAGUGGCAAGCACUCAAAGAUGCCGUUGAUGAACGACGCAAGAAACUCGAUCAAUCCGAACGGGUACAACAAUACUUCUUCGAUGCGGCCGAAGCGGAAGCAUGGAUGAGCGAACAAGAAUUGUACAUGAUGGUCGAAGAUCGUGGUAAAGAUGAAAUUACCGCACAAAAUUUGAUGAAAAAACACGAAAACUUGGAACAAUCGGUUGAAGAUUAUGCCGAAACAAUUCGUACGCUUGGCGAAACUGCACGUCAAUUGAUCGCCGAUGGCAUUCCAAAUACCGACGCUGUUAACGUUAAACAAUCACAAUUGGAUAAAUUGUAUGCUGGUUUGAAAGAUUUGGCCGGUGAACGUCGUGCACGGCUCGAUGAAGCAUUGCAAUUGUUCAUGCUUAACCGUGAAGUUGAAGAUUUGGAACAAUGGAUUGCCGAGCGCGAACUUGUGGCCGCAUCACAAGAAUUGGGCCAGGACUACGAUCAUGUCACAUUGUUGUGGGAACGUUUCAAGGAAUUCGCCAAGGAUACAGCCACUGUUGGUGGCGAACGUGUUGCACGUGCAAACGGCGUUGCUGAUGAUUUGAUCCAUGCUGGUCACUCCGACAGUGCUACUAUCGCCGAAUGGAAAGACGGUUUAAACGAAUCAUGGCAAGAUCUAUUGGAACUCAUCGAUACCCGUUCACAAAUGCUCGUUGCAUCACGCGAAUUGCAUAAAUUCUUCCACGAUUGCAAAGACGUAUUGGGUCGCAUCGUUGAAAAACAACACGGUGUAUCCGAUGAAUUGGGCCGUGAUGCAGGCACCGUAUCCGCAUUACAACGUAAACACAACAAUUUCAUUCAAGAUCUACUCACACUCUAUUCACAAGUGCAACAAAUUCAAGAGGAAUCGAUUAAAUUGCAAGCCGCCUAUGCUGGCGACAAAGCCAAGGAAAUCACAAAUCGCGAACAAGAAGUGUUACAAGCCUGGGCCAAUCUACAGGGAUUGUGCGAAACACGUAAACAAAAACUAUCCGAUACCGGCGAUCUCUUUAAAUUCUUUAAUAUGGUGCGCACACUUAUGCUCUGGAUGGAAGAUGUUGUGCGUCAAAUGAAUACAUCAGAAAAACCACGUGAUGUGUCUGGUGUUGAAUUGUUGAUGAACAAUCAUCAAAGUUUGAAAGCCGAAAUCGAUACAAGAGAAGACAAUUUUUCGGCCUGCUUGUCACUCGGCAAGGAACUUUUGGCUAGAAAUCAUUAUGCAUCUUCAGAUAUUAAAGAUCGUUUGCUUCAAUUGACCAGCAGCCGAAGUGCAUUACUCGACCGAUGGGAGGAACGAUGGGAAAAUCUGCAACUCAUUUUGGAAGUGUAUCAAUUUGCACGCGAUGCAGCAGUUGCAGAAGCAUGGCUUAUUGCCCAAGAACCAUACCUUAUGUCAUCCGAAUUGGGACACACAAUAGAUGAAGUUGAGAAUUUGAUUAAGAAACAUGAAGCAUUUGAAAAAUCAGCAGCUGCCCAAGAGGAACGUUUCAUUGCUUUGCGCCGAUUGACUACAUUUGAGCUCAAAGAAAUUAAAAGGCGUCAAGAUGCAGCCGAAGAGGCUGAACGUAAGAGAAUUCAACAGGAACAAGAGGAACGUGCCGCUGCAGAAGCACAAGCCGAAGCUGCCCGUUUGGCUGAAUCAAGAGACUCACAUGAUGCUCCAGGAUCGCCAGCACGUGAAUCCGAGGGUGGAUUCGAUUCGAGACGUUCAACUCCAUUUGCAUCUGGAUCAUCUUCACACACACCGGGUAGCGGUGGUUCAUUGAAAAUUGGCCGCCGUUCUGGUGAACGAUCAAAAAGUCCAUUCCGUAGUUUUCGAUGGAAACGCGGCACUUCACGCAACAUUGAGCUUGAGUACGAUGAAGAAGGUGCACAAGGCGAUGCCAGUGGCGUUGAAGGUGUUUUAGUUCGUAAACACGAUUGGGAAAGUACGACCAAGAAAGCAGCUAACCGUUCAUGGGAUAAGGUUUAUGUGGUGGCACGUAACUCACGUUUGACAUUCUUCAAAGAUCAAAAAGCAUCAAAAGCUUUGCCAGAAACAACGUUCCGUGGUGAGCUACCACUCAUAUUGGAUGGCGCAAGUGUUGAUGUAGCCAACGAUUAUAAGAAACGAAAACAUGUGUUCAGAAUAAAGUUCGUCAAUGGCAGCGAAUUUUUGUUACAAGCCCACGAUGAUGCCGAAUUACACCAAUGGGUGGCCGCAUUGAAGGCACAAUGUCAAACUGCAUCGGGUAGCGAAAGCCGUUCACAGACAUUGCCCGCAUCAUCACAUCAGCAAAAAGAUGAGACCAAAAAGAAAUCAUUCUUUACGCUGAAGAAAAAUUAAACAAAAUAUUCAAAUUCAUCGUCCCUCGAGCACACAACAUUUAUACACUGACACACUCAAUUACAGACAAAACAAAACACGAGAAAAACUAUGAUAUUUUCUGUCUUAAAAUUUAAUAACUAAACAACAACAAACAAAAAAAAACAUGAGCCUUGCGUUGCGAUCCAGCUUUAGAAAUUUUAAAAAAAAUUUGUUUUGAAUUUUAUGAAAACUACGCAAAAAAGAUAUUGUUAAUGUAGCAAAAAAAAAGGAAAACUCUAAAUUAAUUUGAAGUGAAUAUUUAAAAACAUACACACACCUACACAUAAAUGAAAACAAUCGAGAAAACCAUUUUAUUCCUAUGAAAUACUAUUAUUAAUGCAAUUUUUUUUAAUUAUUCGAAGUUAUAUUUUUUCUUAUUUCCAUCAAACUUUUAUUUUCUCUGUCCGUUUCAUUUAUAAUACACACAUCUGUUUUUAGAGAAUUUAAUCCUCAUUUUAUUUAUGAAAUGUAAUUUUACGAAAGUUAGAACGAAAAAAAAAACAAAUACAAAUCAAUAAUGUUCUCUUUAUUAUUAUUUUUUUGAAACUGUGUCUUCUUUUGUUGUUCAUUUUAAAAAGAAAUUAAAUUUAAAACGAAACAAAAAAAAAACGCUAAGUCCAAAAUUUUCACUGCUAAGCGGAACAAUUUAUUUUUAAUACCAUAACUGAAUUUUCUGCAAAUGAACAAUUUACAAAUGACACGCAUCUGUAUGUGUUAAGCUAAAAAAAAGAAAAUAAACCAACUUAAAACAUAGAAAAUUCGCCAAAUACUGUGCGGAGCACUCAGUGUGAACAACAUACGAUCAAAACAGCAUCCGCCACAAAACUCCACACAACCGCAACAAAAUAAUUCAUUUUUCUUUUGGUCAAAAUCUAAGAUUAAAAUUUAAGGUUAAACUACGAUUCUAGAUAUUAAAGUAUUGUUUUAUUGGUAUA